AUGUUCAUCACCGCACUAGACCAGACAGUCGUUGCGACCGCAAUACCCACCAUCACCCACGACCUGCACUCCGCAGCGGGCUACACAUGGAUCGGCGGCGCCUACUUGCUCGCGAGCGCGUCGUGCGGAACCAUAUGGGUCAAAUGUAGCGACAUCUGGGGCCGAAAACCCCUCAUCCUCGUCGCAGUGUUUGUGUUUGCUGUGGCGAGCCUUAGAGCUGUCCUGAGCAUCGACAUGCCUAUGCUCAUCGCUGCACGGGCGCUGCUGGGAGUUGGAUCUGGAGGGCUCAUGCAGCUUGUUGCUGUGGCAAUUGCUGAUAUGUUCAGCUUGCGCGAUAGGUCCUUUUACUUUGGCAUCAUGGGCGCUGUCUAG